UCUCCUGCCUCAGCCUCCCGAGUAGCUGGGACUACAGGCGCCCGCCACUACGCCCAGCCAAUUUUUUUGUAUUUUUAGUAGAGACGGGGUUUCACCGUGUUAGCCAGAAUGGUCUCGAUCUCCUGACCUCGUGAUCCGCCCGUCUCGGCCUCCCAAAGUGCUGGGAUUACAGGCGUGAGCCACUUCGCCAGGCUUUUUUUUUUUUUUUUUUUUUCAAGAGACAGAGUCUCAGUCGGUCGCCCAGCCUGGAGUGCAAUGGCGCGAUCUCGGCUCAGCAACCUCCGCCUCCCGGGUUCUAGCUAUUCUCCCGCCUUAGCCUCCUGAGUAGUUGGGAUUACAGGCGCGUGCCACAACGCCCGGCUAUUUUUUUUGUAUUUUUAGUAGAGAUGGGGUUUCACCAUUUUGACCAGGCUGGUCUCGAACUCCUGACCUCAAGUAAUACACCAGCCUCGGCCUCCCAAAGUGCUGGGAUUACAGGCGCCACGCCCGGACUUUUUUUUUUUUUUUUUUUUUAUAGGGUCUCAUUCUGUGGCCCAGGCUGGAGUGCAGUGGCGAUCCUGACUCACUGCAACCUCUGCUGCCUGGCUCAAGUGAUCCUCCUGUCAGCCUCUCGAGUAGCUGGGACUACAGGCGCGGUGCGGGCUAAUUUUUUAUUUUUUUAUUUUUUGUAGAAACGGGGUUUUGCCGUGAUCCCCAGGCAGGUCUGGAACUCCGGAGCUCAGGUAAUUCGCUCGCCUCGGCCUCCCAAAGUGCCGGGAUUAUAGGCGUGAGCCACCAUGCCCUGCCCUCCCGACCUUUUUGUAAUUCGGCUUCCUAGCAGCGUACAGAAGCCCCGCACUAGGGUACAGACAGGUCACGUGACACCAUCUCCUCACGUGACGCAGACUCUGGAGCGGGAGGAGGGCGGUGCUCCAGCUGCAUUGCGUCAUCACGUCGCGCGGCCGUAGGGACCAGACCCGGACGGCUCCAGAGCCUCCAGAGCCUCCGGGUCGGGGCGGCGGCGGCGGCGCUUUGGCUCUUCCUGAGCCGCCUGCUGGCGCCGCGCCCCACUCCAUCCCCACAGGCUGGGCACCGGCCCGGCGCGGCUGUGUGGGUUCGGGAGCGGAGUUGCAGAAUCCAAGGACCCAUUUUGUUCUUUCUCCGCACUGCUUUAUGGGAGGCAUUAUGGCCCCCAAAGACAUAAUGACAAAUACUCAUGCUAAAUCCAUCCUCAAUUCAAUGAACUCCCUCAGGAAGAGCAAUACCCUCUGUGAUGUGACGUUGAGAGUAGAGCAGAAAGACUUCCCUGCCCAUCGGAUUGUGCUGGCUGCCUGUAGUGAUUACUUCUGUGCCAUGUUCACUAGUGAGCUCUCAGAGAAGGGGAAACCUUAUGUUGACAUCCAAGGUUUGACUGCCUCUACCAUGGAAAUUUUAUUGGACUUUGUGUACACAGAAACAGUACAUGUGACAGUGGAGAAUGUACAAGAACUGCUUCCUGCAGCCUGUCUGCUUCAGUUGAAAGGUGUGAAACAAGCCUGCUGUGAGUUCUUAGAAAGUCAGUUGGACCCUUCUAAUUGCCUGGGUAUUAGGGAUUUUGCUGAAACCCACAAUUGUGUUGACCUGAUGCAAGCAGCUGAGGUUUUUAGCCAGAAGCAUUUUCCUGAAGUGGUACAGCAUGAAGAGUUCAUUCUUCUGAGUCAAGGAGAGGUGGAAAAGCUAAUCAAGUGCGAUGAAAUUCAGGUGGAUUCUGAAGAGCCAGUCUUUGAGGCUGUCAUCAACUGGGUGAAGCAUGCCAAGAAAGAGCGGGAAGAAUCCUUGCCUAACCUGCUACAGUAUGUGCGGAUGCCCCUGCUAACCCCCAGGUAUAUCACAGAUGUAAUAGAUGCUGAGCCUUUCAUCCGCUGUAGUUUACAAUGCAGGGAUCUGGUUGAUGAAGCAAAGAAGUUUCAUCUGAGGCCUGAACUUCGGAGUCAGAUGCAGGGACCCAGGACAAGGGCUCGCCUAGGAGCCAAUGAAGUGCUUUUGGUGGUUGGGGGCUUCGGAAGCCAGCAGUCUCCCAUUGACGUGGUAGAGAAAUAUGACCCCAAGACUCAGGAGUGGAGCUUUUUGCCAAGCAUCACUCGUAAGAGACGUUAUGUGGCCUCAGUGUCCCUACAUGACCGGAUCUACGUCAUUGGUGGCUAUGAUGGCCGUUCCCGCCUUAGUUCAGUGGAAUGUCUAGACUACACAGCAGAUGAGGAUGGGGUCUGGUAUUCUGUGGCCCCUAUGAAUGUCCGACGAGGUCUUGCUGGAGCCACCACCCUGGGAGAUAUGAUCUAUGUCUCUGGAGGCUUUGAUGGAAGCAGGCGUCACACCAGUAUGGAGCGGUAUGAUCCAAACAUUGACCAGUGGAGCAUGCUGGGAGAUAUGCAGACAGCCCGGGAAGGUGCCGGACUCGUAGUGGCCAGUGGAAUGAUCUACUGUCUAGGUGCAGGAGUAGCCCUGCUGAAUGACCAUAUUUAUGUGGUGGGGGGAUUUGAUGGUACAGCCCACCUUUCUUCCGUUGAAGCAUACAACAUUCGCACUGAUUCCUGGACAACUGUCACCAGUAUGACCACUCCACGAUGCUAUGUAGGGGCCACAGUGCUUCGGGGGAGACUCUAUGCAAUUGCAGGAUAUGAUGGUAAUUCCCUGCUAAGUAGCAUUGAAUGUUAUGACCCUAUCAUCGACAGCUGGGAAGUCGUGACAUCCAUGGGAACCCAGCGCUGUGAUGCUGGUGUUUGUGUUCUCCGCGAGAAGUGACCAUUGUUGGAGCACCAUCCAGAGCUAGUGACCAGUCCAGUGGACAGUUAGUGGGAGAAUCAAAAAUCCUUUCCAGAAUGUCUGUUUCUCACUGUGUGCACAGGGUGAUUACAGGCACCAGUGCAGUGAUGAUUGUACUUACUUGACACAUACUCCCCGUCGUCCUGGUUCUUGUUCAUGAGAAGGGUGGGUAACAGAUAUUCCAGGAAAAAGAAUCCAUUGAAUGGAUGUGAGAGACCACAUUGCCUCUCCCACUGCUUUGGGGAGCACUUUCCUGUCAUUUCUAACUUACCAUAUGCUUGGUGUACUAUAUGUAUGUUGUGCCUCAUAUGUUGCAAAGAACUAAGAUGAGUAUAGCCUACUAGAUAUGGGCAAUAUCCAGCCUAGAUGAUUGGAAAGAUACCAAUUUAAGUAAACUUGGUAAAAUCCAAGUCUUUUUUUUUUUUUUUCCAGGAACAACUACAUUUUCUCAUCUACAGGUAGCUAGGGGCAACACAGUUCCAUUCUAGAGGGAAACAAAAGGGAGAGCCCCACAAAACUUUGGGGACAACGGAGAGACUCAUCUGACACUUCUUUUGGAGGUUAGGAUUUGUAUAUCAGAAUUGAAGUUAGAAUAAGUGAAUUAAACUGAAUUUGAUUGUGAGUGAACCUAGAACAGCACUGAAGUAUUACAUAAGCUGGAAGACCGAGAUAUUUGAAGGAUCUUUUUAUUUCCCCAAGGUCUUUUGCACUGGAGAUAGCAUAAAAGAGUGAACAAAUGUUGGGAUGAGAGAAGAUGACAUCAAUGUGGGAGUUCAGUAUAACUGGGGAUAAACUAGAAGUACCUGUGAUUUUACAGUCAUCUUAUUACCUGCCAGAGCUCAUCUAGCCAUGGCAAUGUUUGCCUUGAAUGGGGGUGAAAGCCUUUCUUUGUUGAAUCAAAUACUACUACACUAUUACACUUCCACACUAUUUAUUUGGGGAUGGGCUGGGAGUGACAGUAGCCUAGUAGUUCAGCUACCUGAUUACUGCCCCAUUCUUUUAGAAGCACACUUCUGCCAAGGAGUGGUUUGUACUGCUGUGUUUGGUACAUUUAGCCUUUUUUCUGCUUUAAGUUUUCCUUACCUGUCCUUUAGUGUAGAUUUUAUUCAUCACAGGACAGAAUAAUCAAGGACAACCAAAAUCCUUUUGUUAGUUUCAGUACCUCAGCUAUCAACAUUUCUGAGCUAUCAUUCAAUGUUCCUCUGUGUCAUGGAGUGAAAUUCUUGUUUUGUGGGUAUUAGGAGUGUGGGAAUGUGAUAACCUGAACAACUUUUGCUCUGAAAUUCCAUUUUUCCCUCUUUCCCUGAGUUGUAUUGACCUACAGAGUUAAUUUCCUUUGUAUUUUUUUAAGAAAAUAUUAAAAAUCAACGGUCUCAAA